AUGACUGCCGGCAAGAAACUGAAAGUUGUUGUCGUUGGCGCCGGCUUCGGCGGACUUGGAGCCGCAAUCGAAUGUGCAGACCGUGGCAUGGAUGUCACCGUAUUGGAGAAGUAUCCCGACUCCAAUAGCCAGGGUGAUAUUCUUGACUUCUUCCCCAAUGCUGGCCGAAUUAUCAAUCGAUGGGAUGGGGCAAGCCAAGUUCGCACCAUGGAGCUAUACAAGUACGAUAUCAAAUUCAUUGAACACAACAUCACUUAUGCAGGUCACCGUGGCAAGAUCCACUCGAUCUUCCUUGCCUACGCAAAGACUCGUGUCCAGGACAUCAGGAUUGGCGUCGCAGUCACGGAGUAUCUUGAAGAAGAAGGCCGAGCAGGUGUGAAGCUGAGCACUGGCGAGACUAUCUGGGCCGACUGUGUUAUUGCCGCAGACGGCCCACGGUCCAUCGCUCGGGCGCAGGUUUUGCAUCUCGACGACAAGAAAAUCGACGAGACCACGAGCGGCUGGUCUGUAUUCGGAAGCUUUUUUAAGACAGACGAAACUAUGAGAAAUCACCCUGGUAUCAAGGAACUCUUCCAUGAGGAUAGAGACACUGUACGAUUUUGGAUGUAUGACAAUUUGAGCCUGAUGGCAUUUGUCUGGAACCAGGGUCAAGACAUUGCUUGGGUUCUUGUUCAUCCGGAUGACAAAGAAUCAUCCGAAUCUUGGUCCAACAUCGCCGAAAGAGAGCAUGUGGCCAAGUGGAUGAGCUUCUUCCCCGGAAAAGACGCACAGGCACUGCUCGAAUCUAUCGACCGAAUAGACACCUGGGUCAGCAAGGGCGGUCGCACGAUCCUAAUCGGAGAUGCUGCUCAUGCCAACCUGCCUACUGCCGGACAAGGCGCUUCUCAAGCACUCGAAGAUGCUGUGACAGUUGCUGAGUGCUUGCAGUCGUCCAACGGAGACGUCAAGCUAGCACUUGAAGCUGCACAGCGGAUUCGUUACCAUCGGUCAAAUGCAGUGCACAAGAGUGGUCAGCAGAACAGAGACGCGUUCUACAAGAUUCCGUGGGAUGACAUCGAGGCGGCCCCGGAAGAGUGGGCUAAGAAGCGAUUCCCCAAGCUGAAGCCAAGCUGA